ACUGAUAAUUUCAGACUUAAAAGCAGCAAUUUAUUUUGUACGUUAAACAUAUAGACUGGCGAUCAAACAUAAGAAUGUCAGAGAGUUUACAUAAAAUAAACUUAUUGUUAUGGAAAAACUGUACUCUGCUUAGACGAAAUCUUAAAGCAUUACUUUUGGAAUGGUUAUAUCCUGUUUUAAUAUGUUUGAUUUUGGUACUAAUCAGGCGGGGCUUUGAGGUCACUUUUCAAGAGCUAAUGACUUACAAUGCAUUUAGUCCCCAACCAGGAGCCCUGUGUUCUCGUUCUACUAAUAACACAAUCUUAAUUGCGUACUCACCAACAAGUCCACUAUUACAAAAUAUAUUGGAGAAUGUUUGCUCAAGUGGCACAGAUUCAUCAAAAAUAAGUAUAAAAAGUUACAAAAACUCAGGUGAACUAAAUACUGCAAUUAAAAAAAUUAAAUUUUCUUUUGCUUUACAAUGUGACGAUUCUUUGUUUGGACUUAACCACAGCAGCAAUCUUCCUAAUAAUCUAAAUAUCAAUUUACGAUUGCCAUCAGAAGAUUAUACAACUAACAGUAUUCAAGCGUGGUUCACAAAUCUAAGAUAUUCACGUGAUCUUACAGCAGGUCCUAGAGACUACCGGGAACAAGUUGCUGAAGAACCAGGUUACGAAAGUCGAGGUUUCCUUUAUUUACAAAACUUUAUAACUCUUGCACUUAUAAACAGCAGUGACACUAAUAAUACGCAAAAUCCUGAUAUAGUAAUAAACCGAUUUCCGUACCCCGAGUGGUCAGAAGACAAAUUUUACACAAAAGAGAUAGAAUAUUUUACGGGAUUUCUUUUGGUAUGCGCUUACAUGUAUACCGUUAAUAACUUGACGAAAGAUGUAACAACAGAGAAAGAAAAGCAGUUGAAAGAAUCUAUGAAAGUUAUGGGUCUUCCUGGAUGGUUACAUUGGUUAGCAUGGUUUCUGCGAGCGUUUAUGUUAAUAUUUGUGACCGUUAUUCUGAUGACUAUUCUUCUGAAAGUUACCAUUACAUAUAGAUCAGUAUUUGUCUAUUCUGAUGGUAUAAUUUUAUUCCUUUUUCUUUUAAUUUUUGGGUGCAGCACUAUAACGCUUACUUUUCUAAUAUCCACAUUAUUCUCCAAAGCAAAUACUGCUGUUACUGUAGGUCCUCUCAUAUAUUUAGUCGCAUGUGUACCCGCAUUUUUAUACCAAAGUAAGGCUGCCGUACCGUCAUUAGGCGCAAAAAUGGGAGUUAGUCUUCUAGCUCCUAGCGCACUGAUAUUUGGAGUAGGAGUUUUGUUUAAGUUUGAAGGAAUUGGAAUGGGAAGUCAGUGGAGUAACUUGUUUAAAACUACAUCGCCAAGAGAUAAAUUAUCACUUGGUUUAAUUUUUCUAAUACUAAUUGUUGACACAUUAUUGUAUAUGGUUAUUGCUGUUUACGUGGAGGCCAUUUUUCCAGGCGAAUAUGGAAUUGCUCAGCCAUGGUAUUUUCCCUUUACACGAGCUUACUGGUGUAAGAAACCUCAAGUUCUAACAGGCGCAGAACAGUCAACUGAAACGAAUGGAAAAUUUAUUGAAGACUUUACUGAAAACAUUCCAAUUGGAAUAAAAUUAGUAAAUCUGUCAAAGACGUUCGGAAGUCAUCACGCAGUAAAAAACUUAAAUUUGGACAUGUAUGAAGGACAUAUCACAGUGUUGCUUGGACAUAACGGUGCUGGUAAAACGACUACGAUGUCUAUGAUUUGUGGAAUGUUUCCGCCAUCUAGUGGAACAGCCAUUGUAAACGGUUACGACAUAAGAACAAAUAUACACAACGUUCGCGAGAGUAUGGGAUUAUGUCCUCAACACAACGUUCUCUUUGACAAUUUAAGCGUUUGGGAGCACUUGUAUUUCUUUGGUAAAUUAAAGGGAUUGAAAAUGAAUGAAAUCAAUAAGGAAAUUGAUGACUACAUCAAACUUUUGGACUUGGAAAAUAAGAAAAACUCUCUUUCUAAAACUCUGUCUGGUGGCAUGAAAAGAAAGUUAAGUGUUGCAAUAGCACUGUGUGGAAAAUCGAAAGUGGUUAUGCUAGAUGAACCGACAGCGGGUUUGGAUCCAUCUGCUAGAAGAACUGUUUGGAAUUUGCUCCAAAAGCAAAAGAACGAACGAACUAUUUUACUAACAACGCACUAUAUGGACGAGGCUGAUUUAUUAGGCGAUAGGAUUGCUAUAAUGACAGCAGGUGAACUGCAGUGUUGCGGAUCUAGCUUUUUUUUAAAAAAAACAUAUGCUUCUGGUUAUUAUCUAAUUUUGGACAUUACACCAAUGUGUCAACCAAAUGAUAUUACUAACCUGUUAAGAGGUUACAUUCCCAAUCUGCAAAUUCACUCUCAUGUGGGUUCUGAGUUAACUUAUAUGUUGCCUGAAAAGGAGUCGCGCAGAUUUGAAGCACUUUUAGGGACCCUAGAAUCUGCAAGUGCUAGAUUAGGUAUUCAAAAUUUUGGCAUCUCAGUGGCAACCUUAGAGGAAAUUUUUUUGAAAGUCGGUGCAGAUCACGAUAAGCAAAUUUCAAAAAACAGUGAUAAUAAAAAGAAAGAAAGUGCAAACGAAUCAAUAAGCCGUCUUAAAGGUUUCAAUUUACUACUCAACCAGAUAAUGGCAAUGAUACUGAAAAAAGUAUUAACUACGUUCCGAUCAUGGUUUUUGUUUUUGGUUCAAGUUUUCGUACCUGUUUUGAUUGCGAUAUUGAUGAUUAAGGAUUUCUCCAAACGAACAGAUUCAUUUCCUCCUUAUUCAAUGUCUUUAAAAUCCUACAGCAAACCAAUAAUAUUAUUAGAAAAUAAUGACGUGUUGGCUAACACGUAUGUAAAAGUUCUUGGAGAAUACCCAGUCAAAACCGUUAAAAAUCUUACUGAAGAAAUUCUUGUCUUGACAAGUGAGUCGCCUAUAACAGUAAGAGAACAAUAUAUUGUGGGCGCAUCUUUCAACGACACCACAGCCACUGCUUGGUUUAAUGGUGAUCCUUAUCAUGCAGUAUCGGUAUCUCUCGGUCUCGUAUUGAACGCAGUUUAUAAGAAAAACUUUGGAGAUAAAAAAUCUAUCACUUUUAUUAAUUACCCUUUACCUCUCAGUACAGAUGCCCAGAUCCAAGCUUCGGAAAAUGACAAGAUGGACUUUGGAGGAAAUCUGGGAAUGGCAGGAGCAAUUGUUGCUUGCAUAUAUAUAUUGUUUUAUAUUCGGGAACGCGUUUCUAAAUGCAAACAUCUCCAAAUAAUUUCAGGCAUAAAUCCUUUCAUAUUCUGGAGCAUGGCCUUUUUUUGCGACUUUAUUAUUUUCUUCGUGGUGAUUAUUUUCUGUCUUGUCACCAUUGCCAUUGGUGGUGGUUUCGAAUCGUCAGAAAAAACAGGUUUCGUAAUUCUAAUAUUUGUUUGUUUCUGUUUCUCCGUUUUUCCUUUAAUUUAUUUGCUUUCCAACUUUUUCGAUAUCCCCGCUACUGGAUUUAGUAUUACUUACACAUUGGGGCUGCUAACUGGUUUGAUUGCAUUCCUUAUUAUAGAAGUACUGCGAUUACAGGGCACAUCAGAACAUACAGUGAAAAUAGUGCGGGGAAUAUUUUUUCCUUCUCCUUUCUUUAUAUUAGGAAGUGGGAUUUCUGAAGUAGAAACUAAUAGCAUUAUAAAAGAUGUGUGUCUAAAAGCUGAUGCAAAACAAUCUUGCAAAAUCAAUAAAAUAUGUUGUGAUGUUGAUUAUUUUUCUUCUGGUGAACAUGGAGUAAAAAUAUAUGUCAUUGUGUCAUUUCUGAUAUCACUUGUUCUUUUCAUCAUAAUCUUUAUCAAAGAAUUUGGUUUCUUCAGUUUACUGAGCAUAACGAUGUUUUCCUCUCAGCCUCGUGAAAAUGAUGUAACACUUGAAAGUGAUGUACAGGCCGAAAAUGAAAAAAUCAUAAAUACUCCCAUUAAUGUUUUAAAAAGUGAUUUCUCUGUGGUUCUUCGUGAUGUCACCAAAUAUUACAAGAAGCUUCUUGCUGUAAACCGCCUCUGUCUAGGAAUAAAACGUAAUGAAUGUUUCGGGUUGUUGGGUGUCAACGGUGCCGGUAAAACCACCACCUUCAAAAUGAUGACUGGCGAGGAACGUAUUACUUAUGGUCAAGCUUGGAUCCAAGGCUUCAGCGUAAAAACACAACAAAAACAUGCUCAAAAGUACGUCGGUUACUGUCCGCAAUUUGAUGCGUUACUAGACGAUUUUACGGCUAAAGAAACGUUGGUCAUAUUUGGCCUUAUACGAGGAAUACCUUUUGAUAAAUGCAUCUCUUUGGCCGAGAGCCUCGCUCAUGAAUUUGAUUUUUUUCAACAUCUUAAUAAAAGAGUGAAAACACUUAGUGGAGGUAAUAAGAGAAAAUUGAGCACAGCUAUUGCCUUGAUUGGAGAUCCUCCGGUGAUUUUUCUCGACGAACCCAGCACUGGAAUGGAUCCUGCAACAAAACGAUUUCUCUGGAAUGGUCUCGCGAAAUUAAGAGACGCCGGAAGAUGCCUGGUUUUAACAUCCCACAGCAUGGAGGAAUGCGAGGCAUUAUGCACGAGAAUUGCUAUUAUGGUCAAUGGCACCUUUCAAUGCCUUGGAUCAACUCAAAGACUUAAAAGUAAAUUUGCACAGGGAUUUUCACUUACAAUAAAAAUCAAAAAACAUAGUGAUAAGGCGCUUAUUGAAAAUCAAAUAACAGCAAUCAAUAAUUUCAUUGAAAGAUAUUUUCCGGGGUCUGAGUUGAAAGAAAGGUAUCAAGAGUUGGUGUCUUACGAAUUGGUCAAUCCUAAAAACUUAACUCUAUCAAGAAUGUUUGGAGUUAUAGAAGCAUCGAAACAACAACUUCAAAUUGAAGAUUACUCCUUGGGACAAUGCAGUCUGGAGCAAGUCUUUUUAAGUUUUGCAAAAGAUCAAACGGAAUGACAUUUCUUCGACGUAAACCCAAUUUUUUUGGAAUCACUUCGUUCAAAAUAAAAGGUUAUUAUCGUCCAA